GCAGGAUUGCUAAAAUGUCUACAGGAACGGCUUCUCCUGCAAGAGAGGCUACCCCUCCAGGAUCGAAUUCGCUGUCCAUUCCGACAAAGCGCGCACUCGACGAUGAUCAUCAACCUGCAGUCUCCUCCCCAUUGAACCCCGAUUUCAAGUCCAAGGACAAUGCGCCCCUCGCUCAUGAACGCGCCUCGCGAACAAAGAAGGAGUCCUUGAAGAAGCGCGAAUCCAAGGCAGGUUCCCUUGCACCAGACACCAGCGCGAGAGCAACUCCAGAUCCCAAGGCAAGCACUUCGAAGAGCAAGAAGACUGAAAGCGAUCUUGCGCCAAUUCGAUACAAACUCCCUCCACCAAAAUCCACAGACUUCGAAGCUCCUCGAGGUCCAAUAUUUAUUCCUGCGCAUGCAAAGAUCGCUCCAGAUGGCACAUCAGUCCAGUUCAAUGAGACUACUGACCAUGUCUACAACAAGAAGAACUUCCAUUACACCCAUUGCAUUGCUGAUCCUGCAUUUCCAUCCUCUCUCUAUUACCGUCAAUCUGAAAGCGAACCCUUUAACCCCCGACUGAACUUCGAAGAUACUUCUACACACAUGUUCCUUGAUGAAGGCGGCAGACACAUCACCACAGACAAGGGUUUCCGAAUGGCUAAGGGCAACGUCUGCGUACGCGAAGGUAGAUUCUAUUGGGAAUGCAAGAUCACAAGUGGUAUUCCAAAGCGAAAGCAUAGCGACGCGCAUGCUGGUCCGGACAACGGCCAUGUUCGCAUGGGUUGGGCAAGACGUGAAGCUACAUUGGAUGCACCAGUCGGAUUUGAUGCUUAUAGCUACGGCCUUCGAGAUGUUCGGGGUCAAAAGGUUCACAUGUCUCGACCAAAGGAUUUCUUCCCACCAGGAGAGGAUAUUCGUGAGGGAGAUGUGAUUGGCCUCGAAAUCAACCUUCCAUCUGAGUCGCUUCAUCGAAAGGUCGUCGAAGGCCAGUAUAACCCCGCAGUGGAUUUGGCAGACGAAGGAAAUACGAGCAUUGAGCGAGCAGACAUCAUCCGCGAUCGAGUCCCAAUUCGUUUCAAGGCACACCUAUACUUCGAGCAGAUCGAGUAUCACUCCUGCAAGGAACUUGAAGAACUGAUGAACCCCUCACCAGUCGUAUCUUCCUCUGGUGGAUUCGGUGCUGGUCAAGAACCAGGUCCAACACAUCUAGUCCCUGCUCUCCGCACCCUCCCGUAUUCGAGCAUCAAAGUCUACAAGAAUGGACAACUGAUGGGAACCCCCUUCACCGACCUUCUUGCAUUCCUUCCACCAGCUUCGAAGCCAUUGCCACAAGUAGGAGCUAGAGAGGGUUUGGACGAUGGCAUGCUAGGCUAUUACCCAGCAGUGUCUGUCUUCCGUGGUGGUGCUGCAGAGGUUAACUUUGGACCGGAUUUCUGGUAUCCACCUCCAGGAUUUGAGGAUCAAGACGACGAAGUAGACAUGAUUGGCAACGAUCAACCUGCUACAAAAACCCUAGAACUCAACAAGCUUCGAGCAGUCGGUGAGCGCUAUGAUGAGCAGAUCGUGGAGGACAUUGUGUACGAUAUCGUAGACGAAGUUGAUUUCUGGAUGCAAGAUGGCGGCGUUAGCGGAAAAGGAGUUGCGAACGGCGUGCGUGCUUCAGGAGUUUCGGUUCAUAACGACUUGGCUGGUGGUCUUCUCGAUUCUUCGGAGAUCAAGGAGUUGGUGCAGGAGGAUGACUGAUUUCGGAGUUUCUCUCGAGAUACCAUAGCAGAAUUACCUGCGCACUAUGUAUAUUAUCAGCUUACCUUUGCAAAGCCAAAGCCCAAAAUAAAUGCAUGCCUGAUUUUCCCCAACGCCGUUCAAUGCAAUGGUAUAUAGUCUCCCUUCUAAUUCCGCCUCAAUUCAUCCCAUCCC